UCAGUUUUGUAUAGGAGAGAAGUUGAGAAGGCAAAGGAAAAGAGUAGAACAAAAAUGGAGGAGAGAGAGAAAGGGAAAACAAACGAGAGAUGGGAUACAGCGAUCGCAAAUCUAACGGAGAUGUCAGGAAAUUUGGAAUCUCUUGAAAAACUUCUUUUGAAAAAAGCUGUUUUUGUUGAUGAAGACACCUUCAAUAAAGCUUCUCUUGCUUCCCACCAAGCUCGCACCAUCAAGGUUCUUGAGCAAAGAGUAGAGACUUUGGAACGAGAGCUUGAUGCUUCAAUUACAGCUGCUGCUCAUGCUCGUUCAGAGAAAAGACAAGCUGAGGCAGCUCAAAAGGCAGCUGAAUUGCGCACACAGGAAAUCACUAAAGAGCUUGAGAACACAUCAAAGGUAUUUGAGCUGCAUAUGCAAGAGCUGCGUGCAAAACAGGAGGAGAUUAGCAAGAGGGAUAACGAUAUCAAACUGUUGGAAGCUAUUAUUCAAACACUAGGCGGGAAGAGUCCAAUUCAACGAACCCCUCGUAGUUCUUCUUCUUCCUAGUUAUCUUUUUUUUUUUUCUUCUCUUUUUGAUGAUAGGUUACUGUAACUCUGUAAGUCAGUGAUUUCCCCUUUAAACUUGAAAAUUAUAAGUUGGCUAUUUAUCUGAUUUCUACCUUUCUUUUUGUAUAUAAGUACUGAAACCCUUUUCCACUUGUACAAAAAAGUUCUAAAUGAAAUGGCAUUCAGUGAUUUCAUUUGCUUAA